AUUAAAAUACACGUGAAAGAAAAUUAAGAAAAGCGAGUAUUAUUAAACGACUCAAGAAAGACGGUUAAUUCGGCAGGUUUUUUUUAAUGAGGUCGCUGUGAACAAAGGCUGCUGUUUUGUUAGGUGGGGAGGGUUUGUUGUGUGCAGCUACACCGUGGAUGACUUGCACGCUAUGAUUUCCCGGAAAGUCCCCUCUUUCAACUCACAAACGUGAUCUCAUGCCAAUGCUUAGGCGUGAGCAUAGUCUAUAAAACUGUCUGACUGCUUCUCUCCAACAGUUUCAUUUGCAGCUCGGGAGCAAGAAACGUCUGGCUUAUAAGAUAUUUUUUUCAACGCGAACUCAUUUGUUCUUUCACUUUCAAAGAAGAUAAAAGACGCUGCGUUGUAGUCACAUCAAACCAUAAAUCUGGUGAUCUUUGUGGGAGGACAAACAGCCAAGAGAAGCUGAGAGAACCAUGUGUAGCCCAAUGUCAGAACCUAUUUGUUUGGUGGAAAAUGUGGAUGGUUCACUGUGUGUAAAUGCUGGUGCAGUAGAACACCUGUCCAAGUAUAACCAGCCAGUGGUGGUGGUGUCUGUGGUGGGACUCUAUCGCACAGGAAAGUCCUACAUCUUGAACCGUUUGGCAGGCAAACAAACAGGCUUUGCUCUGGGCAGCACCAUUGAGUCGAAGACUAAAGGUAUUUGGAUGUGGUGUGUCCCGCACCCCUAUAAUGUUGGACAAACUCUUGUGCUGCUGGACACUGAGGGACUGGGGGAUGUUGACAAGGGAGACUCGAAAAACAAUGCCUGGAUCUUCUGCCUAGCUGUUCUUCUGAGCAGCACUCUAGUCUACAACAGCCGUGGAACCAUCGACAACACAGCAGUGGAAAAACUACAUUAUGUCACUGAGCUUGCAGAGCAGAUUAAGAUCAAAUCACCUGUAUCCAGAGCAGCUGAGGAAGAGGAGGAAGAAGACUUUACAUUUGUCAAGUAUUUUCCUAACUUUAUCUGGGCAGUGCGUGAUUUUUCUUUGGAGCUAGAGCUUGAGAAAAGGGGGCGAGUGACUGAAGAUGAGUACCUGGAUUUUGCUCUGCAGCUGAAGAAAGGUCUUGGUAUGAAGAACACCAAUUACAAUCUUCCAAGGCAAUGCAUUCGAAACUAUUUUCCAACCAGGAAGUGCUUUGUUUUCCCGUUUCCUGCCUCCCAGGAAAAAAUGGUUUGUUUAGAGAGCCUGGAUGAGAGUGAAAUUGUUCCCAAAUUUUUGGUUGUCACAAAGCAAUUUUGUGACUACGUCUUUGCUGCAAGCAAAGUUAAAACACUUAAAGGAGGAUACAGAGUUACAGGAAGAAUCUUUGGUCACCUCGUGCAGUCAUAUGUGGAGACAAUUUCUAGUGGGAAAGUCCCUUGUCUGGAGAACGCUGUGGUUGUAAUGGCACAGAUUGAAAACCAGGCAGCUUUGCAGGAGGCGCUUAAGGUCUAUCAGAGUGGAAUGGAACAGGUAAAGACUUUGUUCCCAGUCAAUUUGAACACAUUAUCUGCUGAACACCAGAAGAUGAGCAAUGUGGCCAGCACUGAGUUUUUGAAGCGCUCUUUUAAGGAUGAAGGCCAGGAAUACUUCAACAAACUGACGGAGGCAGUAGAUAAGCACUAUGCUGAGCUAAUUACUCAGAACAUGGACGCAUCAGAUAAGAAGUGCCAGCAGAUUCUGUCUGAUCUAUAUGAGAAGAUGAAUGAGCGUGUGCAGCGGGGGGAGUAUGCAAAGCCUGGAGGAUAUAAGCUCUAUUGCACACACAGAGACAAUGUCAUUACCCAGUACAACAGCCAUUCUGACAAGGGUAACCAGGCAGAUGAGGUAUUGGAGAGGUUCAUGAGUGAGAAAAGUGUGGAGGCAAAAAUUAUUCUCCAGACUGAUGAACAACUGACUGAGAGUGAGAAAAAGGUUCAGGAAGAGAGAGAGCAAGCAGCAGUGUUUGAACAGCAGUGUAAAGCAGAACAGAAAAGAAAUCUGGAGAUGGGACAGCUCAUGGAUGAGGAAAAAAAGCACCAUAAGGAAAGGAUGCAACAGCUGGAGAUGAAGUUUGAGGAGGAGAAGCUUCAGCAGCAGCAGGAGCUAGACAGAGCUGUGGAGAGCAAAAUGGCUGAACAAAAAGAUCUACUAACAAAGGGGUUUCAGGAGAAGGCUCAGGUGCUAGAGCUUGAAAUUGAGCAUCUUAAAAAAGAAAAGGAUAAACAGUCUGACAAUGUUUUUAAAAAUUACAUCAUGCCUAUCGUAGACGUUGCCAAAGAUGUGUUUUCCACAGUGCUUCAGUACAAACUUAUGAAAAAAAGCCUCAAAAGGCCAUUCAUAUAGUUAUUUGCAACUUAUAGUGAAGCUUCCAUAACAGAGUAAGAAGCAAUCAUAAGAGUAAAGAAAUAUUUACACAAAAAAUUAUACACAGUGGGUAUGGACAAAUUAAACUAGCACAAAAUACUUAAUGUUAACAUGAUAUUCCAUUGUCAGUUAUGAAAAUCUUGAUUGUUUUAUAAUUCAUUAUUAAAAAAGGAACAACUACUAAGUGUGUACUUUUAUGUUCAUAGUACAGUAGCAUGUAUGGAAAAUGACACUUUGAGGAAUUUGUCAUUUGUUGUCUUUCCUUCAAGUACUCUAUAAUAAUAACCUAUGGCUGUGACAAUGAUUACAUUUUAAAAGUAAAAUGAAGUAUAAGUACAAUGUGACAUUACAUAUUUACAAUGUUACUGCUCUACCAUAAUAUUCUAUAACAACACUAUAACAACAAAAAUAAUUCCUUACUUAUGGACUGAGGAUCACUGCUAAAAUUCAAUGAAUAAAAGAGAGUAUCAAAACUA